CGGCACUGCGUUUAGCGCACAUGAAUGAUUUUCUCAGUGUUUCAGAGAAAAAUGAUGCGGAUAUGAGCAAGAAGAUUCCUCGUUCAAAAUAGCGACGAGGGAAUGUGCAAUUUCUCUAUAUUUUAAAUUGUUGCAAUAUUAUUUAGUUUAUGGCGUGAUAAUCCACUAAAACAACCAUAAUAUAAUUUACACUUCGGGUUCCUCCGAAGCGAGGGCGAACAUUGUUUAUAAAUAUUUAGCUACGUGCGCUCCCAGAAAAAAGCCGGAAUUUGCAAUGUUCUAAUUCUCAAAACCUAACCGACCGACGAUUCAGUUUAAUAAUUCAGAUACGAUGUUUUUUACGGAGAUAUUUUUAGCAACAAUAUUGCUUUCGACUGCUACUGCAUUUGAACAAGAAUGUUUUUUUCCAGAGCCAGCAAGGGAUUUCGAUGCUUACAAGCUGCACGGUACUACAUGGUACACAGGACUGCAAACGAAUGAUGCUGUAGCGUCUAAUAUGAAAUGCGAACGAGCAAGAAAUUUUACAGAAACUUCCUACGGUUUUCGGAUGGACCUAAAAACUUUCAAAAAAAGACACAACCACAUCGAGUGGGUUGAACAUUUCACUUUUCUACGAUCCGGGGUGUAUCGGGAGAGCAAGGUUGAAGAUGAUUUUUCGAUGAAUAAUGCCUACAGUUUUGACGAAAACGGACAGUUUAACAGCGCUGCCAACAGCAUUGUCGAGAAUGUUCUUCUGGAGCGAGAUUUUGCAUAUAUAUCUGAUUACCUGAACUACUGGAUGGCAAUUUUAUGUUCGGCAGAAGGACAAUGGAUCGUUUGGGUUUACUUCCCAACCAAGACUCCAAAUCUUACAAAUAUUGCAGCCGCCUACAAUGAACUGCAACGCAUGGGAGUAUCAACACAACUUCAUGCAUCACAGUGCGAUAAGGCACAUUGAAUUAUAUAAAGAUUCUGAUCAUGGAAGAAAAAUUGAUUUGAGUUGAUUAUUUUCGACAGCUGACCAAACACCUGAAUAUAAUUAAUAAAUCGUUAUAGCAGAGUAUGAUAAACAAAGAAUAUUAUAACAUUCAUAACAAUAAAGUUAUAUCAUACAUUUAUAUACACAAUACGUGCAAUGCGAAUUUCAACGCAAAAUUUUACUCUUUGCUUUGCUCUGCAAUGGGUUUGCUAUAAAAUUUAGCUUAACGAAUAAAUUGUCACGCAUCAAGUAUAUUUCUAUUUACUGCUUUUCGCCACUAGUUGUCCAAUUUCAUUACAGUGUUGAGAGUUCGACUAAUUAGAGCUACAAACUAGGGUGUACACUAAAAAUGUUGUGCGACAUCGACUGUGAUAUUAGUUGUUUUUUCGCGACAAAAUUACACAUUCAGUGAAAAACUAUAAAAAAAAAGUAUCAGAAAUUCUACACAAGUGUAAUAGUGUAGCGUUACAAAAGUGAAUGAUUAGCAAUGAUAUUGUGGUUAUCAUCUUUCACGGAGAAAAUAUAUUUCAUAUAAUUCUGUUUCAACGUCGCCUUCGUUUGGGCAAACGGACGAAUAUAUUCAGUGAAAUGAACAGCGAGAAAUUUGAUCGUUCAGAUUCUUCUAUCACACUUUUCAAAUAUUUACGUUCGAUUUUUACCAAAAUAGACUUCAUGUCUAUUGAGGAUAAUAGCCAAACCACUUUGUAUAAUGGAUAGUUCUUACGAU